AUGACCUGGUUUCUCAUUUCUGUUACAGGAAAAAGCUAUGUGAACCUCACAGAAACUGGAAAGCUGAUGUUGCUUGGUUUCAAGGAGCGCAUGUCUGGAUCUUAUAUGUGCACACUUUCUUACAGAGUUUUUCGAAAUGACAUGCAAGCAGAAGAAGAAAGAUUCAAGACGUAUAAAUUUAUGGUUUAUGCAUAUCGAGAACCAGACUAUACUUAUCGUAUAUCUGUUCACUUUACAACCAAAGAGUGCAAACUAGCAGCUAAUGGACAAUUCUUUGAAGAACUAAAGAAAAUCUUGAAUAAUCUGCUUGCUUAUCUGAAAUGCCACGUUGUCAAUCCAUCAUACAGGUGUUUUCAUGUCAAGCGACCCAAACAUGGAUUGGUAGAUGAACUGUUCAUUGUUUUUCAAGUAAAUCCAUUUGCCCCUGGCUGGGAAGUUAUUUGCCGCCAAAUCACCUCUGACUGUGAAGACGUUACCAACAACCAUGUUCAAAAGGCCCGAGGGCUCAUCGAAGAGUUUUUCCGUGAACAACAGUACAUCUUGAAACAUGAGUUUGUGAACAUCCCCGCAAUCCGUUACAUAGAGCACAGUUUCCAAGUCACUCGACUGGACAGCUGUCGCCCAGGGUUUGGGAAAAACGACUUCACCCAUAAUGACUGUGCAAAUUGCUGUGUUGCCUGUGACCCUGGGAGUUACAGCUCAAGCAAUGACAUAACUUGUCAACCUUGCACAAGCAUCCGGAUUAAACACUAUGGAGCAAAAUCCUGCUAA